AUGGUAACCGGAGAGCUAGCCAAGCUGAAGGAACAGUUGAGGGAACUUCAGCAUAAUGGAUACAUCAGACCCAGUUCAUCACCCUGGGGAUCACCAGUUAUUUUUGUCAAGAAGAAAGAUGGAAGAAUGAGAAUGUGUGUGGAUUACAGAUCUCUGAAUGAGGUUACCAUCAAGAACAAGUAUCCUUUGCCAAGGAUUGAUGAACUCUUUGAUCAGUUGAAAGGAGCUAUGUUCUUCUCUAAGAUCAACUUGAGAUCAGUAAUAUCCUUUGGUUUAACUAAUGCACCAACAUACUUCAUGAACCUCAUGGAUAAGGUGUUCAUGGAAGAAUUAGAUCGGUUUGUCGUAGUCUUCAUUGAUGACAUAUUGAUCUAUUCUAAAAGUGCCCAAGAGCAUGAGAAGCAUCCAAGAGUAAUUCUGGAAAAGCUCAGAGCUCAGAAGUUGUAUGCAAAGUUCAGUAAAUGUGCCACAAAGAUGUACAUGGACUUGAAAAGGAAGUACUGGUGGAAUGGAAUGAAGGCAGAUAUAGCCAAGUUUGUUGCCCAGUGCGAUACCUUCCAGAGAGUUAAGGUAGAGCGCCAGAAACCUAUCGAUGUUGGAGAAUGUACCUUUCUUGGACCUGCCCUCAUCAAAGAAGCAAAAGACCAUGUUGCAGAAAUAAGAGAGAAGUUAAAGAUAUCCCAAUCCCGUCAGAAAAGCUAUGCAGACAAAAAGAGAAGAGAUCUGUACUUCAAAGUUGGAGAGAAUGUGUACCUUAAGGUCUCACCAAUACGGGGAACCCAGAGGUUCCGAGUCCAUGGAAAGUUGGCUCCCCGGUAUAUUGGACCGUACGAGGUGUUGGGAAAGGUUGGUGCAGUAGCCUACAGGAUACAGUUACUACAAGAGUUGGCAAAUGUCCAUAAUGUCUUCUAUGUCUCCCAGCUAAAGAAGUGUUAG